UCUCAUUCCAUCGAAUAAAAGAUAAAACUAUUUUUUCAUCAUGGUCCAUUACUUGCUGCAUUAAUUUCAAUCUGAAGCCCAACAUCAGACUCAGUAUCCGCAGAUAUGGCCGAAUAUGGCAGAAGAACCUUGCCCCAAGCAUUGGACCACCAUGCUAGGGCUGUACCAGAUAGACUCUAUGCUUCCAUUCCCAAGGAAAUGAAUCUUUCCAAUGGAUUUCAAGAUAUCACGUGUAAAGAUAUGGCCCGAUGCACUGACUUCAUCGCUCACUGGAUUGAGGCUCGUUUUGGUCAAAGCAGCUCCUUUGAGACAAUUGCGUACCUGGGCAUACCAGACCUCAGGAGCGCAGCGGUAUUCCUGGGUGCAGUCAAAGCAGGAUACAAGGUCCUGCUCCCUUCUCCACGAAACCCACCCGCAGUCAACCUGUCGCUAAUGGAGCAAACGUAUUGUGUGAAGUUAUUGCAUACCAGCGAACUGUUACCAAUGAUCAAUCAACUAAAAGUUGAAAAUUCUGAAAUUCUUACUGAAGAAAUCCCUUCCUUCAAUCAUAUUUUGAAUUCGGAACCGGAGGACUUUCCCUUCGAUCCCCACUAUGAGGAAGUGAAGGACAACCCUAUUGUUGUAUUGCAUUCUUCUGGAUCCACCGGGCUUCCGAGACCAAUCACAAUGACACACGCUACCUUUGCUGUUCUCGACAAUGAAAGAAAACUGCCUACAGUACCAGGACGCAGAAACCGGGAUUUCUCUAUAUGGGAUUUCAAGACUGGAGGUCGGUUCUAUACCGUGUUUCCCUACUUUCAUUUGGCUGGAUUUCUUUCAUUAUUAGUUAAUCCUAUUCUAACAGAAGCGUCGAGUCCUGUUCUGGGUCCGCCCUUAAUGCCACCCAGUGGUGAGCUUCUGAGAUCCGUCAUGCAACACCAAGAGAUACGAGCUUUGUAUCUCCCUCCUUCGAUAGCAGAGCAGCUUCUUCGUGAACCGAAUGGCCUCGACUUCUUCAAAAACCUUGAUUUUCUAUGCUAUACCGGCGGACCAUUUUCUCCCGAAGCUGGUCAGCAACUAUCGAGAGUUACUGAACUUUGCCCACUUUACGGUUCAACAGAGGCAUUUCAAGUCCCUCAGCUGGUCCCCGCUCCCGAGGAUUGGGCAUGGAUGGAGUGGAAUCCCCACUUCAAACUUGAGAUGCAGCCCUUGCCCGAGGAGAAAGACACCUUUGAGCUGGUGCUUUUCGCCAAUGAAUCAACCGAACAUAUGUCAGCCUUGAAUCACAAUCUUCCCGGUGUGUCUGAAUAUCGGACUAAAGAUUUGUUUAAACAACAUCCUCAGAAGCAUUCACUAUGGCAAUAUUAUGGCAGGAAGGAUGAUAUCGUUGUGCUCUCAAACGGUGGGAAGUUUAAUCCAGUUCCAGCGGAGUUGUUGAUUCAAUCUCAUCCUGCAGUGAAUGGGGCACUUGUUGUUGGUACUGGCAGAGUUCAAGCCGCUUUACUCGUCGAAAUCAAUCAAGAAUCUGGCCAGGAGGACAUUGGUCGACUCAUCAGUGUCAUAUGGCCAACCGUAGGGAAAGCAAAUCAAUUGCUUCCAGGCCAGGGUCAAAUCAUGAAAGACAAGAUUUUACUGUCACGCAGUACCAAACCCUUUGUCCGUGCAGGGAAAGGAACGGUCGUCAGAAAGUUGACAGAAAACCUGUAUGAGGCCGAGAUUGACGAGGUGUAUGAUGACUCUCAACUCAACCCUUCCUUCAGAUUGCCCGAUAUCCAAACCAAUGCAGAAAAGGGUUUCGACAUGAAAUCAGUAGUGAAUUUCGUUCGCGAUAUCGUUGUUAGCGCAUUUCCGGAGAUGAGCGCUGUUACCGACAACGAAAGUUUCUUCUCACAUGGCCUGGAUUCGAUCAAGAUCAACCAGCUCGUGAGUGAUUUUCGACUUGCAUUGCGAAAAAGCACGAAGGAAGAAGAUUUAUCAUGGAUUACUGCACGAUUAAUCUUCGACCACCCAACUAUCAAGAAGCUUUCAUGGCAGAUUUUUGAGUUCCUCAGGACUGGCCACUAUCAACCCCCGGAUCACGAAGCUGCUCGGGUUGAGGAUAUGCAAGAAUUAGUCGACCGAUAUGUCGCAGGCCUAAGCAUAUCCAGUCAAUCACUCGCACCUUCCCGAUCCCAACGGGUUGUGGCCAUUAUUGGAUCAACGGGAUAUCUUGGCCCUUAUAUACUGUCUUCAUUACUCCAGACCGACUUUGUCUCGAGAGUCAUUUGUUUGAAUCGAAGCCACGACGCAAAGCAGCGAACACUUUCGGCUGUGCCAAUCCUCCAAAAUCAAGGCUCGACAUGCCAAAUAUCGUUUAUUACUGCGGAUAUUGGAAAGGAAAAUUUCGGCCUCGACGACAAAGACUAUAAUUUGCUUACUUCAACCGUCGAUGAGAUAAUUUUCAAUUCUUGGAAUCCGAAUUUCUCCAUUCCGCUCGCUUCAUUCGAGCAGCCUUUUCUCCAAGGCCUGCGUACCGUGAUGAAGUGGAGCUUAUCAUCCUCGCGGCGACCAAGGAUUAUCUACGUCUCCUCCAUUGCAGCCGUCGGGAACUGGUCUAAGAUUUACCCGGACCAACCUCUUGCACCCGAGAAGCCAGCUACCGACAGCCGGAUUGCUAUGGAUAUGGGCUAUGGAGAAUCCAAAAAUGUCGCUGAGCAUAUGCUUGUACAGGUGCAUGAGAAGUAUGGCGUGCCGGUGGCUGUCAUCCGCGCUGGCCAAAUUGGUGGUCCAUCUGACCCAUCACUUGGGUCAUGGCCCCGACAAGGAUGGUUGUUCUCCCUGAUCAAGGCCUCAGUGAAAAUUCGCGCAUUUCCGGCCAAAGUCUCUCCACUUGAUUGGAUUCCCGUCGAUUCCUUUGCCUCGGCGAUUGUAGCGAUCAUAGAAACUAAAGCCGAUAUGGCCCCUCAGGUUUUCAACAUGGUCCAUCCUCAACCAGAACCCUGGAGUUUGUUCCUUAAUGUUUUGCAGAAGCAAUUAAAACUAGAGCUCGCUAGCAUGAGUCUUUCAGAGUGGUUGAACAAAUUAGACCAAUCACUAUCGCCCAAUCCCGAAAAUUUAAGUGGUACUCCGAAACUGAAGAUUCACGACUUCCUUCGAACUCUGGGUGAAGGGAGAGAGGAUGACAUGAGAUGCACCAUCAACAAUGCCAAAACAUUAGUCGCGCACGUUACGCCCUUGAGCGAGGACCUAUUGGCAGCUUGGCUCAUGAGUUGGGAUCUUGGACUGGAGGAUAUGAAGACCAAGAUGUAGAUUCUAUUGACUUUGAAAGGUGGUCGUUAUCAAACCCUUUCAUUCUUCGUGCGAUUGAACUUCCUUGCUAUUGAAUCCAUUGUAGUUGUCGGUGUUUGAACGACCUACCGAACGUGGAUCUCUAAUCCACUUUUGAGUACUGAUCGUAUACAAUAAUGGGGGAAGGACUUAUACUUCCCCAUUAAAACAGAGAACUGGCAAUGUGAACGUUGUCCAAAUCAUAAGACGCAUCAAUGAUAGUGUGAUGAAUAUACAUACUAGUCAUAGUGAGAUUCCAGGGUGGUCAAACUCACCGCGAGGUUUCAGGGUUCGAGAUGUCAUUGAACCAUAGCUGCAUGAAAUGUACAUCCGGCGCUGCAUGCAUUUUGACCCUGAAGCUGCGCGUCUAAAUAAUCUACAAGAGAAUAAACUCAUUUCAUCAUUGCGGGCAAAUGCGCUAUUGGAUAUAGUGUCAAUAUCCAAAUGCGAUUCAAAUCGAAUUAC